AUGGACUCUCUUUCCUCACUAUCGUUCCCUCCACUAAAUCCUCUCUUUAACACUAAAACUCCUAUUUCCUCGACGCUUGAGCGUCUCUGGUCUUCUAUUGCUGCCUCUCCUGAACCGGUCUUGGAUUCACUUCCUGUCUCCCUCAUCGAGACUCCGGAGGUGAUUGUUCCCUUCAACAAAGAGUACACUGCGGCUGCUGCUUCAGAAUGGAAGUUAUCGCUGGUUGGUUACUCAGUUGGUAAGCGACCUUACUAUGAAGCUUUGCUUUCUACUGCUAAGAGGAUUUGGAAGCUCAAAGGUACCUUACAGCUUAUAGCCUUAAGCGAUGGUUUUUUCCUUUUUAAUUUUUCUAAUGCUGAAGACUAUGAAAUGGUUUGGAGCAAGGGAGCUUGGUUCUUCCAUGGAAAACCUUUCGUUUUUCAAAAAUGGUCAAAGGACUUCCAACCUACUCGUGAAAAUUUCUCCACGAUUCCGAUUUGGGUCAGGAUAAUUGAUUUACCUCUGGUUUGUUGGAACUCUGAAGGUAUAUCUAAAAUAGCCUCUAAAAUUGGUACCCCGUUAUCUGUGGAUGUGCUUACUGUUGCGAAAACUAGGUUGACGUAUGCCAGGGUGUGUAUUCAAGUUGCCACCACUUCUGAAUUUCCUGAAAUGGUGCCCAUUUCCAUUGAAGAUGUUGUUUAUCAUCUUAAAAUCCAGUAUGAAUGGAAACCCAAUCCAUGUGAUACUUGUAAAUCAAUGGCUCAUACUUCCUCUUAUUGCCCUUCCAACCCCCAACCUCCACAACAAGUAACCCAGCCACCUCGGGGUCGCAGCACCUCCCGGAAUCAUCGGAGGAAGCAUCCCUCCCAGGGUCCAUCAUCCCAGACCCGUACCUUAGGGGUUGUUCCAAAGAAAAUCAUAACCUCCACUGCAUCCACUAAUGAAAUUGUUACUGGGAAUGCGGCUGCCUCCACCUCUGGGAUCAUUGCCCCUAUGUCCAUCCCGGCUCUUACUCUCCCUGUUUAUCCUUCCAACAUCACCAUUCCUAAUCUCAAUUCCCCAACUGAUGAAUGUAUUGGUAACCUGGAGCAGAAGUCUACCAAUUCAUUAAAUAACCCUCUCAUUCCCACAAAAAAUCAAUUUGAUACUCUACAAAAUUGUGAAGAGCAAGGUAAUUUAGAGGGGGUAGACAACUCUACCCUUGAUUCUCCCAAGGUUGCAGAUGUUACAAAUAUUCAAUCCACUUCCAAAACUACAUCUAACCCUUUACCCAAAUCCACCAGGGGUAAAGGAGCAAAGAAGCGCCCCCACACCGAAAUCAAAGUCCAAAUGACCAGCCCUUCUAUUGGCGCGUGGAACAUUAGAGGAUUCUCUUCCUCUGAUAAAGUGUUCAAUUGCAAAAAUUUGGUUCAUUCUUUGCGGUUGGAUAUGCUCUGUAUUCUUGAAAAUAGAAUUCAACUUUCUACUUUGACUGACCCUUUCUUCUUCAAUUCUCACCGGGUGUUCGAUUUUGAAGACAGCUGCCAUAACUUCCAUUGUGCCAAUCCUGGCAGGAUUUGGGUGAAGUGGGAUUCUGGUAGGAUUGUCUUUAAUCCUCUGUUUAUUUCUAAUCAAUUGAUUGCUGGUAUGGUUUGCUAUGGGAACAAUGCACCAUUUCUGCUUGUUGUGGUAUAUGCUUCGAAUAAUGAGGAAAGGAAGGUUCUUUGGGAUGAGAUUAAAAGCAUUUGUCCCAGUUCGGGGACACCUUGGAUUAUUAUGGGAGACUUCAACUGCUGUCAGUAUCCAUCUGAAAAAUUGGGGGGGGGGGGGAAUGUGCCUUCACCAAAAAUCAAACUGUCGGUGAAUCCAAUUCAUAUUAAGUUAGACUGGAUGCUUAUUAAUGUGGACUGGUUGGCUGCUUAUCCAAAGUCUCAUUAUGUUAUUAAAUCCCCCUCUGGAUCCGAUCACAGUCCCAUUGUGCUCCUCCUGGGUAAUCAGGUUGACUCCCAGCACCGUUUCCUUUUUAAGAAUUUUUGGUUAAAAUCUAAAUACUUUUGGUAUUUGCUGUUGGCUAAUGUUUCUGUGAAGCCUAGAGGUCAACCAUUUGCGGCAUUAUGUGCCAUGCUUAAGCAAUUAAAAACUGAUAUUAAGAAGGAAUCCUGGGCUUCCUCUAAACCUGUUGCUUCCCAUCUUGACUCUCUUUAUAGGGAUCAAGGGGAAUGUCUUAGUUUGUUGAAUCAGGACUGUGAUUUUGAGAGCAUUUCCAGAUCUCUUAAAAUUAUAAAUGUGCAAUUAGCUGAGGCUUCUUCCACCUGGUAUUCUUGGGUUUCUCAAAGGGAAAAAACUAAAUGGCUUUCUAAAGGAGAAGAUGAUCUUAAAUUCCUAUAUUCUAAGAUUCAUCUUAGGAGGAACUAUAGGAGUGCUGCCAUUUCACUUGCUAUGUCAAAUUCUGAUCUCUCUUAUGCUUAUGUUAUCAAGAAUACUAUCUCUCACUUUCAAAGGAUUUACAAUCCUCUUAGGAGGCAGUCCUUUGACAUCCUUCACUUCCCGAUGAGUAAAAUCAUUCCUCCUAAUUAUAUUUUAUUUCUCACUACUCCUUUUACUGAUGCAGAAAUUAAGAAGGCUAUUUUUGCUGGUGCUUCCAAUUCUACUCCUGGUCCGAAUGGCUUUAAUUUUGAUUUCUUCAAAUCAUCUUGGAUUGUUACUAGGCUUAUGAUUUGCAAAGCUGUGAAGUAUUUUUAUCAUAAUGCCUACAUUCCUAAAUCUGCUAAGGCUACUGCCAUCACUUUGAUCCCUAAAUCAAACCAUGCUGAAGAGAUUUCUGAUUUCAGGCCUAUUUCUUUGUGCAAUACGGUCUACAAAAUCAUUGCAAAAAUUCUGGAUCUAAGGAUGAAACCUAUCAUGCCUCUUAUUAUUAAAGAAAACCAAUCUGGUUUUAUUCAAAAUCAGGUAUCCACGGACAAUGUUAUUCUUUCCAAUGAGAUUCUUUUUCAUUCAAGAAACACCCCUCAAUUUAAGAUGUUAUGUGCCAAAUUAGAUAUUAAAAAAGCUUUUGAUUGCGUAUCAAGGGAUUUUCUGCUUGCUAGGAUGCACCAAAAGGGGUUCCCUCCCUCUUUCAUCAAGUGGAUUAAUGCUUGUAUUAAUGACGUUUGGUUUUCUGUGUGCAUUGAUGGAGCCAUUCACGGUUUUUUUCCCUCUACGGCUGGCUUGAGGCAGGGGUGCCCGUUAAGCCCCUAUCUUUUUUGCAUUGUGAUGGAUUAUUUUUCUUGCAUUUUGGAUAAUGAUAAUGCCUUUGUAGCUCAUAUGGUGGAGGGUAUUAGGUUAUCUCAUUUGAUGUAUGAUGACGACCUCCUUUUUUUUGGUAAAGUAUAUGCUCCUAAUUGUCAAGUUUUAUGCCGUGUGAUUGAUAGGUUUUCCAUGGCUUCUGGGCUUGAGGUUAAUUAUCAGAAAAGUACUCUCUUUCUCUCCAAAUACUGUCAUAAUCCAAAUGAGAUCAGCACAAUUCUUCAGAUUCCCUGUACUUCCACUACUAUAGCCUACCUUGGGAUUCCAAUUUUUACUUACAAUCCAAAAGUUUCUGACUUCUCUAAAUUGAUGGAGUCUGUCACUCAAAAGUUAUCUGGUUGGAAAGCUAAGGCUCUUUCAUUUGCUGGUCGGCUGCAAUUUCUUCGGUUCACUAUUUGGAAUACCAUUGCCUAUUGGAUACGAGGUUCGAUAAUACCUAAAACCAUAGCUAAGCAAAUCGAGAAAUUGUGCCCCAAAUUUCUUUACUUUGGGGACAUUAGGGCUUCUAAAUUGCAUCUUAUUUCUUGGAAAGAUACUUGUAAUCCUAAGGCUAAUGGGGGUCUUGGGUUACAGUCUAUACACUCUUUGCAAUUUAGUUUUAAUUAUUCUCUUAUUAAGAGAUUGUACAACUUCAGCAGUCCACUUGCUUCUUGGGACUCUGCUGGUUUGGGUGCGUUGCUCACUCUAUUCCCUGCUAAUGCUCGGUUGUCUGUUAUUAUGAAUGAUAAUGGUUGGAAUCUGCCUCCUUUGUUGUCUGCUUCCUGCAAUUGA